AUGGCAGCAAAAAGAGGAUUAGCCAAACAAAAAUCUAGGGUAACCAAGGCCUGUGAUAGAUGCCAUAGGAAAAAGAUUAAGUGCAACAGUAAGAAGCCAUGUUUUGGGUGUAUUGGGUCUCAAUCAAAAUGUACGUAUAGAAAUCAAUUUCGUGAACCGAUUGAGGCUUUUUUCAAUUAUACUGGUAGUCUCAGUAAUGAUUUGGAUAAUGCUAAGUGCAGCAUAGCAAAAUUGAAGGCACAGUUACCUCCAAGCGCACCGGCCUCUUUACAGAAAGGCCUAGCAAACAUUUGCACUGAGCUUGAAAAAAUACAACCUCAGCUUUACCUCAAUCUGGACAGUAAGGAAAUUAGCUCGUAUGGUGGCCUGAAAUCGAUAGAAACAGAAAUUAUCGGGAAACAGUCAAAAUCUUUGAAUAGGUUCUCCAACGCUUUUGAAAGCAAUACUGCACAAAAUGUCAGUAUGUACUUUGGGGUCUAUUCACCGUUGCUAUAUUUUGCCUCUACGGGUAUUAGCUGGAUAACUAAAAAAUUGAUUUCAUGUUCGAAUGAUAGGGAGACGAGAGAAACUAUCUAUUUAUUUUUGAAGUUUCUUGACGCUAGCUCUGCUAGCCAUGCUGGUCCUAAAGUAACUUCGAUAUCUCCUUUAGAGUAUUAUUCAAAGCUAAACGGACUUUCAUGUGGGAACGACGUACUUAUUCAACACAUUAUGUCAAAUAUAUCGAAUGAAAUCAAAGGAAAUACAAACAUUAACCAAACAAUCAAAUUCAAUAAACCAACAGACUGGUUUAUGUACGGAGUACAAUUGAUGGAACAGCACCACAAGGCGUUGGAUCGUAAAAGUUCCAAAAAAUUACUUCCUUUGAAAUAUUUUCUUGAGCAAGAUGAGUUGAUUUUUUGUCUCUGUCUUGAAUAUUUUGAAAGAUCCCUAUUUUCGACAAUGUACGACUUGACUAUUUUAAAGGGCUUAGUCUCGUUGAUGAAACACAGAUAUUGGAUAGACGAUCCUUUUGUGCUGGGAAGAAUUAUUUCCACGAUGUCCAGGCGAAGUUUGGAUGCUGGUUUGAAUCGUUGGGAAUAUUAUAUUGGUCAGGAUGAGGACACUGCCGAAGAAUAUCGUAAGUUAUGGUGGGACUGCUACUGGUGGGAUAGAUGGUAUUCAUUGGUCACCGGUAAGCAGCCAUUGAUACCACAUGAAAUGACUUCGUGUCUCUUUCCCAAGGAUGUGGUUGGAUUAGGGGUAGAUGAUUCGAUGGACUGUUUUACUUUAAUAAACUUGGUGGAGCUCGACCCAAGUAAGUUUGAUAUUUGUAUCUCUUUCGGCUAUAUUCUAUUAACGAAAAUUAUUACAGCGGUAUUCUCUGGUUUGCUUUAUAAUCGACACUUUACAGACUACAGAUUAUUUGCAACUCCUAACGCUAAAGACCUAAAUGGAACCGCACGACAGCUUAUGGUAGAGUUUUCAAAAAUAUGUAAAAUUUUUCAGUGCAUACAAGACAAACUAAUCCCUUUCCUCAAACAAUAUUCUGAAAAUAGUAAUGUAUUUGAACUAUACACCCAUUUCGGAUUUGCAAAGGUUUGUUGUUUUCAGGGAAUGGAGAGUUUAAUUUUAAGGAUACAAAAUCUUCUACAAGAAAGAGAGAGAAUUGAACUUGAUUCCUGCGUAAAGGACAUCAGGCUUCAAACCUUUGAAGCAUCUGUAGAUAUUUUGACGGAUGUUCUCAAGCACGAAGAUACGUUCUAUAUUUUCCGUUGUUCGUGGUUCAUAUAUGCCAUCUUGAUGAAUAUUACCUUGAAUUUUAUCGAGACCCCUAGAAGGAACUCGAUAUGUUAUUUAUCCUUGAUGUGCCGCAUGAUAGCCUCAUAUAAUGACUUAUUUGUGAGCUCUGGCAAUGUUAAUUUCAAGGGCAACAACGCCUUCUCUAAAAAGUUGGAAAAUGGAACAGCGGUUUCUUUCAUCCUAACACGCAUCUGCUGUCAGAUGUACACACGUUCACAGAAAAUGGCUAAGGAAUCGCUGUUUUGUGAAUUGAAAAAAUAUGGCCAGGCUUGCUCAGAUGCUGGUCAAGCUGCGUUGGACAUUGAAUGUAUCUGGUACAGGAAUAUUAUAGGCGAACACAAAGAAUCAAGCUUCCGUAAAGAAAUUCUCAGCAUUCUUGAUAGGGAAAUGGGUGAUUUGGUGAAUAAUAGAGUUAUUGGCGUACAGGGAAAAAAUCAAGAAGGUGCUUGUUAUGAGAAGUUGUCACCCAGCAGCACCAGUGUUUCAGUUGGCAUGGACUUUUGUAGCCUCGAAAAUUUUGUGACUGCAGAAUCUCUACCAGACCUUCUCAAUCUAUUUUGGGAGGACACUGAAUUUGGUAUUACUAAAGAAAACCUCGGAGAGUAA